CUCUGUCACAGACGUGCUUUGGAAUCGAGCUUGCCCGUCAGAGAGUGAACGUUAAACCGGUUUAUCUUAUUUAACGUCUGUAACUUAUUGUUAAAGUUUAAAUAAAAUAUUGUGAUUUAAUUCAUAAGAAGUAUUGAACAAAAGAGUUAUUAAACUACCGAGUUAAACAAAAAUCAUACUGAUAAAACUUCAAAUAAAAAGGUGAUAAAAACGAAGUGGAACGUUAACAUUAUCGUUGCGAAUAGAAUCUUUCGAAGACUGUCUUUAUCGUUAGACAGUCCGAACAUCUUUAAAACGAGUUAAAGUAAUAUUCUUAUUUAGAAGUUGUAAGAGAAAAAGAAAAAUAUUAAAAGCGUUCCAAAAGGAAACUUGAAUUCUAUGACAGGAUAAUUGUCUCCUCGCGUGUAGCAAAGAUGGCUGAGUUAAAGGAACAACCAAUCAGAAGGGAGCACGAUUCGAUGGACGAUUUUGAGCAUCUCGAACACGUACAGGAUGGACAAUCAAGUCAUCUGGAACCUCAAACUACAAAAGUACAUGAACAUCAAGAACUCAAUGUAGAAAAGGAUAUGAUUAAUUUUUCUCCUAAUCAAUCAUUAAACGAACCAGAAGAUCCAAGAAAAUCAACGCUACUUCUGUUAGAAUCUGAAAAAGGUAAACCGACCGUAGAAAGUAACUUGGAGGUUAGAUCAAAGGAACCAGAACAUGAUUUGUUGACGGGUAAAAUAGAAGAUCAAUCAGAAGUUAUGAACGUUGAAUCGAUUAGUAAAAAGGAAGAGGAAAAACCGAAAACCGUAGAGAACGUAGAGGUUAAGGAUAAUAAAAUCGUAGAUCAGGGACCGGCAGUUGUUUCGUCUUUGGAGAAAAAAGCGGAUGAUGUAUGGAACACCGUUGAAAAAUCUCAACCUAUUUUAGAACCUAUUUCAAAGGAACAGAAAAAAGAAAAAAGUGUGAGUGAAUAUGUGCUUGCUGAAACAGGAAAAAAAGAACGAAUCGGUGUACCAGAGACCAAGGAAUCUGAAUUUGAAUCAGAACCAGAAGCAUCACCGGCGAAAAGUUUCAGAUCGGUCAAACAAGACGUAAAAACAGAAAGAAUAGAAGAAGUAGAAAUCGCGCCAAAAGAGAUUUUUAGCAGCAUGGGAAUCGACGCAUGGUUUAACCCCGAUAGACUGAAUCCAAAAGUGGCAGCUUUAAUUUACUGGCGCGAUCCAAAGAAAUCGGGAGCCGUUUUUGGAUGUAUACUUGGCGUGCUCCUCUCGCUGGCCUAUUUCAGUCUGAUAAGCGUUCUUGCUUAUCUGUCUCUUCUCGUCCUCACCGGCACCAUUGCCUUCAGGAUCUACAAGACCGUCCUACAAGCUCUCCAGAAGACCUCUGACGGACAUCCUUUCAAAGACAUUCUGGAACUUGACUUGACGUUGUCCGCGGAGAAGGUGCACGAAGUCGCGGUCGUAGCCGUUGCACAUGCAAAUGCAGCUAUCAGCGAACUACGUAGGCUCUUCCUUGUAGAGGACUUUGUCGAUUCCUUGAAAUUUGGUGUUCUUCUUUGGUGCCUCACUUACGUGGGAUCUUGGUUCAAUGGCAUGACUUUGAUCAUAAUCGGAGUAAUUGCCUUGUUCACACUACCGAAGGUUUACGAAACAAAUAAGGCACAAAUCGAUCAAAAUUUGGCCUUGGUGCAUGGCAAGAUCAAUGAGCUUACCGCUAAAGUGAAAGCUGCAAUACCGCUUGGUAAGAAAGAACCAAUAAAGGAAGAAUAAAGUACGAAAACAUACCACCACGCGGGGGCAAAAGAAAUCUAAGCGAGUUUGUCGGGCAACUGGAGAAUCCACGCAGGAAUGAAAUGAAGAACAGUGCUGUAAACAAACUGAAGAGAUGAGAUAUUUAUUUAAAAAGCAAAGAAAGAACACACACACACACAUACGUACACGUAUAGUUCAGUGGAAAACUGCGAGGGAGAAUGUUUACGAAAAAAUAUCGAACAAUCGAGGAAAGUAAAUCGUAACAAAAAGAAAUCACUAAUAACAGAGAAAAUAUAGGAAAAAAUAGCAUACUGCGAAAGAUAAAGAUUGCAAGCAAAAGUUGGUUAGUGUGUUAAGGUUUAAACUAAUAAAUUUUUUUAAAUUAUGGAAUUAUCGAAUACGAAUUGAAAAAAAAAAAUUAAUAAAAGUAGCAUCAAUAGAAAAGCAUGGCUUACGAAGAAUUGUAACGAGAAAGUAUUCAAAAUAUAUAUAAGAAACUGAAGGUAAUAAUAGAAUCCUUAAAAAGAAUUUCUGAAAGAGUGAGAAAGAAGAUAUAAGUAUGAACAGAAAUAGAAAUGUUAAAAGAUGGUCGGAAGGACAACGAAAAGAACGUAAAGUUUAGUAAAAAAAAAAGAAAAAAUACAAACAACGGUCUUCUGAUGGUUUAGUCGUGGGCAGCUGGAUUUCAUUGUCCGACGACGACGUAACGCGAGUUUUCCUUUUUUGGAACUGCACGAUGUCCCUGUUGAUGGAAAUAAACGAAAAGAAGUAACAUGUA